CUGGCUUCGCUGCUGCAUGGACUCAGAGCACAGGUCCUUUGCCGUACCCAGCGGAGGCAGACGGGGCUUCCCUCAGCUCUAGGGAGUGGACCAUGAAGACGUCAAUUGUAUUUUUGCUUUGCAUCUCAGUUUUCCCAGGCUUUUCCCAGGGCAGAGUUGUUGGAGAGGAUGAAACUGGUUUUGCUGAGUGUAACGUGUUCUUCUCUGGACAAAUCCCACCCGAAGGAUUUACGGAGCCAUUCCACGUGAAAAUUUGUCAGCAGUAUAACAAAGAGCCACGUUUUGCAACCCUCUACAGUACUAAGGACAAAAUCCCUCUUUAUUCAGCUUUUAAGUAUACAAAGCCAGCCCAAAAUGAGGAGGAGAACUGGCUGGUCGAACCGCAGAUAGACGAUCCAGAAAAUGACCUGCAUGAGAUGGUGCAUGAAGCCGAUACCAUUGGCACUGUGGCCAACCUUGGUGCAAAUCAAGCCCUGACCUCAGACUACGUGGGCUCUGGUUACGAGAGAGGGCUGCUCAAUCCCAGCUUGCUCAAUGAGGAGGAUUUCCAGAUGGCCACUUACACGCUCACGAACGCUGUCCCUCUGAGCCCGUCUCUGAGCAAAAGGUGGCACAGAGACAUUGGGAUGGUAGUAGAGCAAGCUCUGAUCCCCCACUGCUCCAAGAAGGAUCAUCUGUAUCUCCUUGCAGGUGCGAUUCCUUCCAGUGUCCGAGUUAAAGGCAAAGUGUCAGUGCCAGAGACCCUCUGGCUGGCAGCCUGCUGUGAUGCUCCGGAGGGAUGGUCCCUGGGACUAGUGAAGAAAAUGAAUGAUGAAAACAGCUUGGCGGACCUCACGGUGGGAGAGCUGGAGAAGCAGCUCCUGGCAGGGGUUCACUUGUUCAAGGGCAACUGUGGGGAAGACAACCAAAACCAGGAGAAAACAGAAGCAAUACUGCAAGCUGUCAGUCAGAUCCGCUCUGGAGAGCAAGUAGGAACAAGUGACAACCAGGAGGCUAAAGACAGUGGCUGGGUGAGAAAAGUGGCUGGCAUCAUAGCUACCCCUUUCAUCAAACUUCUGGAACUCCUCAUCUAUGUGUUUGUGGAGCUGGUGAAAUUUGUGUUUUAUUUUCUGUGGCUUGUUAUCAAGCGGGUCGGUGGUACAGUUCUGGAUGGAGUCUACAGCCUGUGGAACGGGGUGUUGUCCUACCUUAAAGCCAUCAGCAUGGUGCUCAUCAGCAUCCCGUAUGAUGUGGGGAGGGUCAUCGUCAACAUCUUCCUGGGUUUUCUGCAAAUUGUUCAAGAUGUGGCAUCCCUCACCUACAGGAUCCUGAGCAUCCCUGUGGGGUUUGUCCUUCACCUCGCUGCUUUCCCUUACCACUCCAUCUGCGCCAUUCCUUCUGUCCUCAAAGACAUGGCCACUGGGAUCGGGGGCACCUUCUCGCUAGUCAUCGAUGCCACAGCCGCAAUUCUGCAUGGCUUUUAUUACUUGGCUGGUCACAUAGUCAAACGGUUUGUCCCUAAAGGCUCCUCUGAUGACUGAUAUAGAUGGAAACCAAGGCUGCAAAGACACGGAAUGAAGGAGGAGUGGGACAAUACUUUAAGAUAUGUGGCCAAACGCUGUUGAUUUUGUUCCGGUAUUUAUUGUAGUGACAUUAAUAACAAUGAACCGAUUGGGGAGUAACAGGGAAGGCCAAGGUAACGUUGCUGGGGGACGCCACCAUUGUAACUCAAGUUCUGUCUGCUGUAAAGUGUUUGGGUUUUUUUGGUGCAGGCCACAAAGUUUCUGUGAUUUGCAGAUGUCAAGAUGCUUCCUCUGGGAGAUGUGUGCUAAAUGUGGUACAGUUAUUUCUUUCCGGCAAAGGUAACACUGAGACCUGUGCACUGGCAGAGAGCUCCACAGAAGCCCAUCCCUGCCGGGGAGGAGGUGGUGGUCAGGGCACAAUUUUAGUUAUGGAGGGUUUUCUGGGACCUGGAGAAGGGAGAAGGAGGUGAGGG